AUGUGGAGGGCAGCAGACAUGACAGCAGUGGGAGAACUGGUGCUUGUUCUGGGCUUACUGGUGAGUGCUCACUGUGAGGUGAGAGCACGAGACCCUGAGGUGGAGGAAGAUGAGGAGGAGAUGGGAGGAAGGAGAGGAGGAGGAGGAGCAGUGAGGGGGUUCGGGACAGGAGCGUUGCCCCCCCAUCUCCAGAUGCUUUACCCUGGAGCGACAGAGACCCCUCCACUGGGAGAGAAAGGGAACCAUCCAGCCCGAAAUGGGAACUGGUGCUCGUUCGUGCAGAGGCGUGUGGUUACCAAGGCGGUGGCAUGUGGAACAGAGCAGUACACCAUCAAGUCUCAAAGUCGGUGUCCGAGCGGGACGCCAGACUGUCAAGUGAUCAUGUACAAGCAGUCCACCCGGCCGCUCUACAAGCAGAAGCAGCAGAUCGUCACUGCUCUGCUGUGGCACUGCUGUCCGGGACACGAUGGAGAGAACUGUGAGGACACAGUCUCUGAUGCACAGCAGGAUUCUGGGAGUGCGGCUCUGAUUAGAGGAUCUGAACCAGUGAGGACAGAGCUCCAAGCUCCAGGUCUGCGACUACAUCAGCAGCUCCAGCAGCAGCGUGGCGACCUGCACAGCGAGCAAAAUGACCACCAACCGCAGAAUGACCACCAGGCGCAGAGUGACCACCAGGCGCAGAGUGACCACCAGGCACAGAAAGACCACCAGGCACAGAAAGACCACCAGGCACUUUACGGCACAGGCUACCAGGACAACCAGCACAACACCACACACCCCACCCCGGACCCAGACCGUGGUCACAGCCCCUAUUACACAUCACACCACCCCCACCACCCUCAGCAGCAACACCCCCACCACCCUCACCACGGGCAGCCGAGACCCCACAUUCCUGUUGUGGAUGAGGUGGAUGAGGCCGUCCUCCGAUACCCAGAUGCCCCAGCUCCCCUCCCCGUCCCCCACAUGAUGGCCCUGGUCAUGUCCCAGCUGCAGCCCGUCCUGGAGGGCUUCAACCGCUCCCUGGAGCACCUGAGCCGGCAGGUGGGGGACCUAGCCCGUGAUGUUGCCCAGCUGAGGAGCAGCCAGCUGGAGGCGGUACUGGAGGCGGGGCUGCAGGCGGGGCCCCCGGAGCCCCCAGAGCUUGAUGAGGCCAUGGAGGAGCGUCUGGAUGCCAAACUGGACGAGGCAUUUCAGCACAUUGGGGAUAUCCGGAGCCAAAUGGAGAGCCAGCGGACAGACAUGGAGAGCAGGCUGCACUCCCUCCAUACAAUGCUGCACUACAACCUCACCAACUUUAAGACGGACAUCGAUAUGAAGCUGAAACGCCACCAGAAGAUGCUGCAGAUCAGCCUGCAGGCCAUGAAUGAUACACUAACUGAGCUGAAGCUGGACCAGGAUCAGACCACUGAAGAUCAGCCGGAGGAUUAUCCCCCUACUCCCUUCUCGCCUCCUGCCCGCCCGCCGCCGCUGCCACAGCCCUCAGACACCUCGGCGCUCUGGGAAGCCGUCGAGCGGCUGGACAACAUGGUGGUCAACAACACAGUGAAGGUGGAUGGCCUGAUGGAGGACAUGGAGGUGACCUCCGGGGACGUAGAGCAGCUCAGGCGGGACUUCAAGGACCUGGAGAAGCAAGUCAACCGGACGGCCCGGACCACUCAGAUCCAGUACAUGGAGACGGGGCUGGAGGUGGAGGCGGCGAAGGAGGUGGUGCUAAGUCGGGUGGACGAGCUGGCGAGGAACCUCAGCCAGCAUUCCGUGCGGCUGCAACACUUGGACUCGGACGUGGACUACUUGUUUGAUGCCUUGUACAAGCAGCACAACUCGACCGGAGACUGCGACUGCAAAGGGCUGAAGGCCGCCAUGGCUCGACUGGAGGGGGGCGUGGCUAACGUGACGGAGCUGGCCAAUGAAAACAGACUGGCUCUGGAGGAGGAGAGUGGUGGAGGGGCGGGGCAGUGGGGCGGGGCCGGUGACUGGGAGCCAGCGGUGGAGGCACUCCAACAUGGCCUCCAGCAGGUAAAGGAGUCUCAGGCCUCGGAGCACAGCAGGACCAGGACUCUAGAGCACAGCCUGGCGCAGCUGAGCAGCUCAGUGACAGUCAGUCUAGCCGAGGUCUCCGGCCUGAAGGAUGCGGACAAGAAGCUGGUGGAAAGGAUGCAACACCUUUCUGCCUCCUUCAACUCUCUGCUGAGAGACGCCAUCAGACACAAUGACCUGCUGGAGCUGCUGCUGGGCGAGGAGGUGCUGGAGUUCCUGGAGUGGCCCGUCCAGGACCAGGAGGCCCACUCCAUCCCGGCCCUGAAGGAGCAGCUGAGGCUCCUGCAGGAGCAACUGAGUAGACACGACCUGAGCAUCACCUCCCUGCUGGGCAACAAGCCAGGAGACAGAGAGGAGAAACCGCCUGCUGACCAGCCCUCCUCCUCCGACUGGCUCCCUGGCAGCACGAGGAGGAGCAGCGGUGGAGUGCCAGCCCGGGAGCGCCAGCUGCUCCUCCACUCUGAGGCGAGGCGUCUGGGCCACGGUGGAGACGGCAGCGAUCUAUGGAACCUGGAGAAGACAGUGGAGGAGCUGGCGCUGAAGGUGCACCGGCUGGAGGAGAAAUUCAAUAACACCUCUGCAGAGAGGGAGGCGCCGCCCAGUGGUGUGGAGGCCAAACUGCAGGCGGAGGUGAGGUGGUUGAAGAGAGGGCUGGAGGAACAUCUGAGGAUGUUCAAGAACGUCUUCAGUAACGCCGACGUGCUGGCGGGGUCUGACGCCACGCUGGAGCUCGAUAAACUGUGGCAGCUGGUGAAGAACAAAGAUAAGAAGAGAAGAGGAGGAAACCAUCGGAGCAGGAGGGAGUCAGGUGUUGCUCCCGUCCCGCCCGGUGACUCUCUGCUGCCCAUGGCUGGACCUCCUCUGAGCGUCUCUAACGGCGUCAUCAUGUUUGACACAUCACUGAACCAGGGUCAGUUUUACUCCGACACCGGCACCUUCACUGCUCCGGUGAGUGGGCUCUACCUGUUCGUCCUCAACUUGGACCUGAGCCUAGGCCCCGCCCACACGGUCCUGAGGAGGGGGUCAGGCGGAGCACCAGUGUCGCUGCACCACCGUGAGGUGACGGAGGCAGGGCUGGUCACCAGUGUGGGCCUCCUGCCGCUGAGGGAGGGGGAGGAGGUGAGGCUGGAACUGAAGGGAGGCGUGUGGGUGGAGUCAGAGGACAAUGUGUUCACCGUACUGCUGCUCCAUCGGACCACCUGAGGGCGCUGUGGACCAAAGACACUGAUCAGAGACUCAAAACAUAUUUCACAUGAGAUUUUAACAUGCUGAAGUCCAGUUGGUGGAGGUUUAAUGCCAAAGCACCUUACAGUGUCAUCAACAGGUCAGAUGAGGUGGAGUCAACCCUUAAACUAGUCAGUGCUGAUAAAUGUGUGACUGCAGGGUGAGAGCCAGACCAACAUGUCACACUACAGGACGUCUGGAUCAAAUUUAAACAAUUAAACUGAGAUGAAACUGAAUGUUCUCAAUUUUCUUGUUUGUCUCUUUCUAGUCGCUUCAACUGCAGUUUCAAUUUCCUUCUUUCAGUGUCUUUGUUGUAAGUACAGAGCUGGAGUCAGGCCGUUGUUCACCUAUCCAAAGUUUAAAACACAAUAACUAGCGCCUCUACAGGGGCUGUACACAUGCUGCGUUUUUUGGCGCACUCGCCAGAGCAAAGCUGUUGCAGCGCACACGCGUUUCCAAGCACCUUUUUAUCCCCAGGGCGAGACGUUUGCACCCUGAGAUAAACGGAGUUCAACUUUGGGAAUGCGGCAGCACACAUCGCAUGUCGAAUCUGAGGUUGCUAAGCGAUCAUCACCAGCACUGUAAUGUGGUCCACUUACCAGAAAUCCUGAGUGCAGAGCUGAUCUUCUUCCAGGUGUUGUUUUGUAAGUGUGUACUAGGCCAAAACUAUUGACAGAUGUAAAGCUCUGGCAGCCCUGCACUGAAAUUAUGAACUUGUUCUGCGUAUUUACCACAGACUGAUAUUUACGGAAGAAAUGUGUCAGCUGUGAUUGGUUGUUCCUCGUCACAUAACAUGCGAUGCACACUGCUGCGUUCCAAAAGUUGAACUCUGAAGUCACAGGCGCGCGUAAAUGAUAGCGUCGCUCCAGUGUUUUGAGUGCUCAAAAACAUGUCGUGUGCACGGCCCCUAACUUAUCAUAGUAUCUCAUUUAUUUAAUGUGGACAUGAUCAGAAAUGUGAAAAACAGUUUGGAGUUUUAAUAAGUUAUUGUACAAAAAACAGUUCUGUCGAUGUUAUUAAUUAUUUGACCACUAACAACUAAAAAGAGAUUUAAUACAACUAAAUCAAGACUCAAAAUGACCACAAACAAUUCACAAUGACUAGAACCAGACUAGACUAGACAACCACCAGGACAGUGAAAAUGACUAAAGGCUGUUUCAUAGUCAACUCAAAGGCACGCAGACGCAAACGCAUUUUAUUGAUACGCGACGCAUGUAAUACCAUGCGUUGCCAGCAGGGGUGAUAAUGCAAGCGACGUACUUGAAAUGAACCGCUUUGUUAUUCACAGAAGAAGCAGGUCUGAAAUAUGGCGGGCGAGGAGGGAAAACUUUGCGAACUCGUACGGGCACACCCCCAUUUCCAUGACAGUUCUAGUGCCCUGGACUCAAGAUAGCAGCCCUAGCUAGCCGGAAUGUACCGGUGACUCUGCUACCCCCUACUGCGCUAGCGAUGUAUUGCAUUUCAAGUGUCGCCCGCGUCGCUUGCGUUGACUAUGAAAGGAAGUGUGUCGACUAUGAAACUGCCCUAAAACGGACUCAAAAUGCCCACAAAGAGACUAAAAAGGAUUAAAACUAGACUGAAAAUAACCAGUGACAACUCAGUGACUACAGGAUUCAAGAUGAUUAGAAAGAUACUAGACUCAAAAUUACUAAUAUGAAACUUAAGAUGACCACUAACAGACUCAAAAUGACUAAAACCAGACCCAAAAUGAUUGAGAUACUCAAAAGGAUUAAAACUAGAAUCACAAUGACCACAAAGAGACUCCAUACAUCCACCAGGAAACUGAAAUGACUAAAAGAGACUCAAAACAACCACAGAUUGCUUAAAAUGACUAAAACCAGACCCAAAACUAAACUUAUGACCACAAAGAGACUAAAGACAUACUCGAAAUGAUUAAAACGAAGCAUAAGAUGAACAUAGACACUGAAAAUGGAAAGAGACUCCAAACGACUUAAAAUGACUAAAGACACUGAAUGACAAUAAAUAAUAACCAACCACAGAGACUCAGAAUUAGAUGAGAAAUCGUUCCAGCUUAUGCUAAGCUAGGCUAACCUCGUCCUUACUCCUGCCACACAGACAUAACUUCCUGUAUGUUGGGCAGAGCAGCUACAGUGAGAAUAUUAUAAGUCAAAAGUGUUUGAGUGAUCUGUUUGGUGUCUGCUUACCGUCACUGAUGAAUCUUCAGCUUCCUCUCCUCAUCCUCAGAAACAAACCUGACCACAGAUCAGCUGCUGCCGACACACUGAGGAGAAAGAUAAACGUGUCACCAUAUCAUCUGUCUUUUAAGGGAUUUGUUUUUUACUUUCCAUAAAGAAAAUAUUUGUAUGUGUGAUGUUUGUAAAGUACCAGUAUAAAGCCAUUAAACACACAAGCAGUAAAUAUAUAUUUAUAUAAGGGGACAGCUGAGCCGUUUGUUGGUGUAAACAAAGUGAUGAAAUGUGUUUAUAGAAAAGUCAGAUGAUAAAACAUUCUUCUGCAAACUGUCAGUGUGUAACUUAAUAAAAAGGUUUUAUCUACAGA